AUGGCGACGACUUCUCGUUUUUUCGUUAAGGGUGGAGGUGAAAGUGAUGAAGAUGAGGGUGAUUUUGAACAAGAGGUUCAGGCCGGUAACAACCUUCGUUACCUUGCAGACUGUGAUGACUCUGAGUUUUAUGACACGGAUACUAAACGUGUGAUAAAGCCAACAGACGAUAAACGUUUUGAGGAGAUGACCAACACCGUAGGGAUGAUGGAGCAUUAUAUGAACAUCAAUCAUUGGGUUUGCGUGCCAGAAACGUUUGAGAGACUCAACAAACAGGUUGAGAAGGUCAUGAAGGUUACGAACGCUGUGAAGGCUCCGAGAUUGUAUAUCAAAGCCCUUGUGAUGAUGGAAGAUUUCUUUAAUAAACAAGGACUUGAGGAGGAUGAUUACAAGAAUACAAAGAAGAAGAUGAGUGUUAGUAACUCCAAGGCUUUGAACGCAAUGAGACAUAAGUUGAAGAAGAACAAUGUGCAGUACCAAGAAGAUAUCAGAAGGUUUAGGAUGUUUCAAGAAACGGAAGACGGUUAUGAGUAUGAAGAUGAGGUGGAGGAACAACGUGAUGAUAAUUACCAAGAAGAUAUCAGAAGGUUUAGGAUGUUUCAAGAAACGGAAGACGGUUAUGAGUAUGAAGAUGAGGUGGAGGAACAACGUGAUGAUAAUGUUUCUUGGGAGACGUUGUUUGGUUUAGAACAUGAGGCGAUAACUUGGAACAUGGUCAACAAGAAGUUCAAAGAAACUGUGGCGGCUCGUUGGAGCAAAAGAAGAAGAGCUAGACUUGAACUCAAAACUGGUAAGACCCAUACACAGAGGCUUGUGUACUUGACAAAGAUCGCCAAGACUCCUGCGCAGAAACUUGAAAUCUUGUUUAGCGUUAUGUCAGCAGCGUUUGAUGUGAGUCCAGGUGGUCUCAACGGAUACAUGCCUAUCAAUGUCUGGAAGGAAUGUGUGGUUAACAUGUUUGCCAUACUUGACAUUCUUGUCAAGUACAAUAACAUUGUUGUGGAUGACACGGUUGAACCUAAUGAGAAUGAAACUUCAAAGCCAGUAGACUAUGGUGGAACUAUUCGAGUCAGGGCAAAUUUGGUUGCAUUCUUAGAGAGGAUUGAGACCGAGUUUUUCAAGAGUUUUCAGUGCAUUGAUCCUCACACUAACGAGUAUGUUGAGAGACUGAAGGAUGAGCCUAUGUUCUUGGUCCUUGCUCAGAACAUCCAAGACUACUUGGACCGAAUAGGUGAUUACAAAGCUGCUUCAAAGGUAGCCUUAAGACUAGUUGAGUCAGUAUACUACAAGUCGCAAGAAGUCUUUGACGCUAUGAGGGAAUUGGCUGAUGAAGAAAUUGACGAAGCCGAAGAGGAAAGUGCAACUCAUCCUCCAUACAUUAUUGUUCCUGAGAUUGUUCCCCGUAAGCCUACCUUUUCAGAGAGCAGCAGAGCAAUGAUGGAUACUCUUGUGUCCUUUAUCUACAGUAAUGGAGAAGAAAGGACCAAAGCCAGGGCAAUGCUAUGUGAUAUCUAUCAACAUGCUUUGAAUGACAAUUUUGUGACUGCUAGAGACUUGUUGCUGAUGAGUCAUCUCCAAGACAACAUUCAUUACAUGGACAUCUCAACACAGAUUCUCUUUAACAGGACAAUGGCACAACUUGGUCUUUGCGCCUUCCGUGUUGGAAUGAUAACUGAGUCACAUAGCUGUCUCUCUGAGCUUUACUCUGGUCAUAGAGUGAGGGAGUUUCUUGGCCAAGGUGUCUCACAAAGUCGAGAACAAAACAAGACACCAGAGCAGGUGCUUAUAGAGAGGAGAAGACAAAUGCCGUACCACAUGCACAUAAACCUCGAGCUAUUGGAGGCUGUUCAUCUCACCUGCGCCAUGCUAAUUGAAGUCCCAAACAUGGCAGAAAACACGCAUGAUGCUAACCACAGAUUGUUUAGCAAGAACAUUCAUUUCCUGCUUAAGAAAAGUGAGAAGCAAGCGUUCACUCCACCGCCUGUAACUAUACGUGACCAUGUCAUUGCAGCCACAAGAGCCCUGACCAAAGGGGGAUUCCAAGAGGCGUUUGAAGUUUUGAACUCUCUUGAUGUCUGGAGAGUGUUCAAGAACCGUGACAGCAUCCUCGAUAUGGUGAAAGCUAGGAUCAUUGAAGUGGCUCUAAGGAGUUACCUGUUCACAUACUCGAGCUCCUCCUACAAGUCUUUAAGUCUUGAUGAGCUGGCCGAAAUAUUUGACAUCUCUGAGUCACAGGUCCAUAAGAUUGUGAACAAGAUGAUGAUCCACGAGGAGCUUCAUGCAAGAUGGGACCAGCCAACUCAAUGCAUCGUCUUCAAUGGAGUGCAACACAACAGAUUACAGUCCUUGGCUUUUCAGUUAACCGAUAAAGUCUUGAUUCUAGCAGAAAGCAACGAAAGUGAAUUAGCGUCUAGAACUAGUGGUGAUAUGAGCUCAAGGAAAAGGGACAAGAUUCAGGACUAUGCAGCAGCAAAAUCAGAAAACAUAGGUAUGCAAAUGGAUGGCUCAAGCCGUAUGGUGAGUCUUAACCAAGGUCUUCUUGCGUAAAGACGAUGAGGAGAGAGAUCUGCAGGCAGUUUUGACCUUAGGCUCUACUAAGACCUUUAACUUUUUAGGAAUUUUGCUUUCUUGGAAAGUUUAACUAGUUUAAUUUUUGCGUCACUCCUAUUGAAUAGAAGAAAGAUUUGGUUUGUUUCAUCACAUUGGUUUCUCAUG